UCGGGAGCCCCGAAUGGCAGGGGGGGUCGUGAGACGGGUUCGGCGUCCGGCAGGUAUUCCGGCUGAGCGGCGGCGGUUGUAGCCGCUGCUUCGGGGUCGGCAAGAUGGCUGUGCUGGCCCCGCUGCUGGCCCUACUGUACUCGGUGCCGCGGCUCUCGCGAUGGCUGGCCAAGCCCUACUACCUUCUGUCGGCGCUGCUGUCGGCCGCCUUCCUCCUGGUGCGCAAGGUGCCGCCCGUCUGCCUCGGUCUCCCCACGCAGCGCGAGGACGGCAACUCUUGCGACUUCGACUGGAGGGAGGUGGAGAUUUUAAUGUUCCUCAGUGCCAUUGUGAUGAUGAAGAACCGGAGAUCUAUCACUGUAGAGCAGCAUAUAGGUAACAUCUUCAUGUUCAGUAAAGUUGCCAACGCCAUCCUAUUUUUCCGCCUGGACAUUCGCAUGGGCCUGCUCUACAUCACACUCUGCAUAGUGUUCCUGAUGACUUGCAAACCUCCCCUCUACAUGGGCCCAGAGUACAUCAAGUACUUUAAUGACAAGACAAUUGAUGAAGAGCUGGACCGGGACAAGCGGGUCACAUGGAUCGUGGAGUUCUUUGCCAAUUGGUCUAAUGAGUGUCAGUCAUUUGCUCCUAUCUAUGCUGACCUCUCUCUCAAGUACAACUGCACAGGACUGAAUUUUGGGAAGGUGGACGUUGGACGCUACCCUGAUGUCAGCACAAGGUACAAAGUGAGCACGUCACCUCUCACGAAGCAGCUUCCCACCCUGAUCCUAUUCCAGGGGGGAAAAGAGGUGAUGCGGAGACCCCAGAUUGACAAGAAAGGGCGAGCUGUUUCUUGGACAUUCUCAGAGGAGAACGUCAUCCGGGAGUUCAGCCUCAAUGAGCUGUACCAACGUGCCAAGAAGCAGAGCAAGACCCGAGAUGUGAUCCCUGAGGAGCCGCCCGAGUCUACGGCUGCUCCCGCACAGCCCGAGGAGGAAAACAAGAAGGAUAAAUAAGAGCCCUGCUCUUCAGGCAGCUCUCUCUUGGAGCUUUUCCCUGGUUGCCUUUUCAGGCCCUGCCCUUACUAUAAGGGACUUCAUCACUGCUGCCUUUUAGGAUUUUUAUUUAUUCCUUAUUUGGAAUAGGCCUGGAACCAGGCCCAGGCUGUUAAGGGGAGGAAUUCACAGUGAAUGUUCUACAGAAGAAUGUUCUUUGUGGCCAAGCACCUUCCCCCACUUUGGUCACCAUUUCACUGAAGGGGAAAAAUAAUCAAUUUCUUAUCUUGGAAGGGAGGUUUCAUUCUGAAUGUGGACGAUACUGACUGGGUGGCCAGGAAGAACCAAGAAUGGGUUAAUGCAGAAGUCACGUGUUUUGACAAUCCUCUGGCUCCAGUGGUCCUUCCAAGGGCAAUAGACUAAACAACUUUCAGGUCGAGGCACCACUAACAGAUCUUCAGGAUCAUUGACUUCACUUCCCUUGGGUCUUUCCGGCCUUUUCUUAUUGCUAUGUAACAUUUGGUAAAGCAGUUAAGCUUAACUUUGAUUUGGGUACUAAUUAUAAAUUCCAUUUACUACUGGUCUGCCCUAGGGGUGUGUGGAAAUAUGGGGUACAAGUUGCUUUAAGAGAGGUAGUUAAUUUAAUUCAUUUCAACACUUCUUUCCUUUGAGCCAAGGGAAACCAAGAAUAUAUAGUGUCUCUGUGUGUUGGAGACUGAAGGAGAAAGGCCAAGGGCAGCAGGAGUAUUCCCUUGACACUAUUGAUUUCUUUUAUGUUUAUCAAUUUAUUUUCCCCCAAAAGAUCAAUCUGUCUCCCACACCCCAAUAUUAAGCAAAUAAAAAGAACAAGCCUAAAAAAUAAAGAACUCUCGAGUACACGAGUGGCAGCAGAUCAAAUUCCAACUUUGGCCAAGUCUGAAAAUGUGAGCCUUCUCUGUGUGAGGAGGUGAGUGGAGUAGUUCAUCUUCCUUCUUUUUGCCGUUAUGGUUUAUCAUUGGAUUGAUCAGAGUUCUUAGGAUGGUUCUUAUUUUGCUCAUUCUGCAUCAGUUUGUAGGGGGCUUCCCCAUUUCCUCUGGAGCUGUCCUGUUUUCAUCACUUCUUAUGGCAUAAAUAUUCCAUUACAUUCAUUUGCCACAAUUUAGUUAGCAGUUCCCACUGAGAUUCAAAUUUGGGCCACAAUACAAAAAACAGCUAGAAAUGUUUUUUUUGCACAUCUAUCCCUCUCCUCUUUGAUUUUUUGGGCAUAUAGCUCUAGUAAUAGUGGAGCUGAGUCAGAGCUCGCUUUUUUUAGUAAGGGGGCAUGAUUCCACAUUGCUUUCCAAAAUGGUCGGACCAAUUCUGUUUCACAGUCGCAACUCUGGUACUUUUUCCCACAGCUUCUCAUCUUUGCCUCUCAUAGGUGUGAAGUAGAACCUCAAAGUUGCUUUAAUCUGCAUUUAUUUAGAUUUAAAACAUUGUAUUUGGUUGUUGAUAACUUGGGUUUCUUCCUUUGAAAACUAAAUACUUUGGCCAUUU